CAAGCAACGCGCACGCACAUUUUAGUUUCGGUCGGGGGAAAACAACUGGCCAGCGUUAAUUUUUUAACUCCCCCACACCAUUGCUGUGAUGGGCCACGAGAGUAAGACAAACCCUCGCAACCCCCUCAGAUCUCGAACACUCCUAGAGUGGACUCAACCCCUCUUCUGCCCUCCUCGAAGAAACGAAGGAAAAGAACGCGCAAUGGGCUCGCCGGCCUCUUCAUCCUCCUCCUCCUCCGGCGACGGCGAUAGGAACACCGGCAGCGGCUGGAGGAAGAAGGAAGAUUUGGGUUGGAUCGAGUGGGCGAGGGGCUGGUGUAGUAUCGUUGGUGAGUUUCUUUUCCAGAGGAUCGCUGCCAGCCAUUUGGAGAACCCUCUGCCUCUCCCCCCUCUAGAUGGGAUCACUUGCAUCGUCACCGGCGCCACCAGUGGAAUCGGUCUCGAGAUCGCCAGGCAACUUGCACACUCAGGAGCGCAUGUUGUAAUGGCUGUUAGAAAAACAAAACUAGCUCACGAGCUGAUCCAGAAGUGGCAGAAUGAAAACGCUGGAAUGGGGCUACCGCUUAAUGUUGAGGUUAUGGAGCUUGAUCUGCUUUCCCUCGACUCUGUUGUACGAUUUGCUGAAGCUUGGAAUGCUCGUCUUGGACCAUUGCAUGCAUUGAUCAACAAUGCUGGCAUUUUCACUAUAGGAGAGCCUCAACGUUUUUCAAAGGAUGGUUAUGAAGAACACAUGCAAGUGAAUCAUCUGGCCCCAGCAUUACUGUCAAUGUUGCUUUUGCCAUCUCUUCUUCGUGGCUCUCCAAGCAGAAUUAUCAAUGUUAAUUCCAUUAUGCAUGCUGUGGGUUUUGUUGACACAGAAGAUAUGAAUUUGACUUCUGGGAAAAGAAAAUAUACAAGUUAUCUGGGAUAUUCAAAUAGCAAGCUGGCACAGGUAAAAUUUAGCAGCAUCCUUCACAAGCGAAUACCUGCAGAAGCUGGCAUCAGUGUUGUCUGUGUUUCUCCUGGAAUUGUGCACACAAAUGUUGCCAGAGAUCUACCUAGGGUCGUUGUAACAGGUUAUCGUCUAAUUCCCUACUUCAUCUUCGAUGCCCAGGAAGGUUCUCGAAGCACUCUCUUUGCAGCCACCGAUCCUCAGGUCCCAGAGUACUGUGGGGUUUUGAAGGCGGAUGAGUGGCCUGUUUGUGCCUACAUCUCGCACGAUUGGCGUCCGAUGAAUGCAUCUGAAGAAGCACACAACCUAGAAACCUCUCAGGAGGUCUGGGAGAAGACCCUAGACAUGAUUGGCCUCCCUUCUGAUGCCUUGGAGAGGCUUAUUGAAGGAGAGGAGAUCCAAUGCCGUUAUGGGUCUAGCAGUGAUUAAGAUGUCUGUCUUAAUUGGCGAAUCGGGACCAUAUUAAAUAACUUUUCCUCCCUGCAAAUCUAAUGGAUAUAUUUGGUCAAAAUCUUCUCAGAUCCAGAAACCUAAUGCUGAACUUGACAUCAAUUUACAUUUGCUUCGAGUAGGGACCCAUCGAUAUGUCACCACUUCAUGAGAUGUAUUUCUAGGAUAGUCUGUGUUCUUGAAAGCUUGUACACUCUUGGUCAGCAACCUCUUUCAUGACAUGCUACUGAAAUACAAUUUUAAUAAUGUCCAAGACAUCAUGACAACGGGACCUUAAUUGUAUCAAUAAUAGUUAUUGACCUAAGGCAAAAUUAUUCUGUUAAUCUAUAUUAUCUUCAAUUGUAUCAGUCAUAUUUAUGUACUCAAAGGAUAAGUUAUUUUGUUAA